CGCUCCCGCUCGGGAGGAAGCUGCUUCACAGUGUGAUGCAAACAUCAUCCAGUUACUGCAGGUACCAGAACGAUUCCAUGCAGCUGUCGCAGACCAAAAGAGCCAAGAUGCCACACGGAAGGCCAGAUUCGAUGGGCAGUUUUGAGGAUGACUGCGAGAGGGAUUAUGAGAACAUCGAUCCCAAUCAGCCACCACCCCAGCCUCAGAUGCAGCCUCAGUGGCAAGCAAAGGCAGAGCCAGCUAUCUCCAUCCCGAAGGCAGCAGAGCAGAGAGGCUGUGGGAGAAAGUCCUUGGGCAUCCUCUAUGCCCUGGUGGGGGUGUCUCUGCUGGUGUCGACAGCUGCCUUCUUGCUAAUGCUCCUGAAAUGGAUCCCGUGCUGCUCGCAUGGCUGGGAGGAGUUCCAGAAGAAAUGCUACUUUUUCUCCCUUGAAAAGGAGCCCUGGGAAAUGGCCAGGAACUCGUGCAGCAACCACAGUGCAGAGCUAGCUGUCAUCAGCAACCCGUGGGAGCAGGCCUUCCUGACAGUGGGGAUCAAUUCUGUUCAGCACUGGAUCGGCCUGAGCCUCAAAGGCGCAGAAGGAAGCUGGAUGUGGGUGGAUGGCUCACCGGUAUCAUACAUAUCUUCAGGGAUCCCCAGUGUUAACACUCAGAAACGCUGCAUCCAUCUCACAGGGGAUGACAGAGGCAACUGGAGCAACGCAGAUUGUGGGAAUCGCUAUAACUUCAUUUGUGAAAGAGCUGGGCCCUUUUGUGUGUAAUUUUCACCUUUGAAAACAUUUUGCCGUUUUGAGGUUUAUUUUCUUUAAGCAGCCAAUAAAAGCCAACAGAGCCCUGGCCGCCGUCGUGGGCUAGCUCACCUCGCUGAGUGCGUCCGGGCUGAGUCGGAGCUACUGGAUACGGCGAGAUCUAGAGGACUUUCAGCUUUCAACCUCCCUCCUAGCCGAGCAAAACCCAAUGUCUAGCUGAGAAGCUGCCAGACCUGGGUCCUGCUCGGAGCUCUGCACUUGCUGUGUGACCUGGCACAGGUCAUUGUUGUGGAGUAGUCUAUUUCAUCAUGUAAGAUCCAGGCCAGGUGCUGAGUACCAUUGACUGCCACUAAAGUCAGAAGUGGUCAGCCCCUGGCACGAUGAGACCCACAAUCCCUCUGUUUCUCCCAUCGCUCUCCAGAGUCCCUUGUUCCCACUAGGUUUAGUUCUCAGGGUACUUCACUAAUUGGUUGUGCUGGCAUUUAAAUCUGAAGCCCAAAGGAGUCUGCUUGUGAAGUUAUAGGGAGUUCUGUGCAGUGAGGGCAGGGAUCCCCCAGCAGUUCCAGUUUCCUGCAGGAGUAUCAGGUGCAUCUCUCUAGCCAGUGGAGAGAACAUCUGUGUGAAUCUGGGUUCAGCUCACUGGGCGCUCAGAACUCUGCAGAAAUCCCUCUUCUACUGCAGUAAACAGUGCUCUAAUCCUGUCUGAUCCUGGACACCCCCUGCUCGCCCCUGCCAGUCCCCGAGUGCCUCCUGCCAGGGGCUGCCUAGAGCCAGCGGCACUAGACAGGAUGAGGCUUUUAUCCAUCAGUGAGUCACCCACCUGAAGUCACACAGCAAGUCAGUGGAAGGAUUGGGGCAAGAACCCAAGAAUCCAGGCACCCAGCCCCCCUCUCCUCCUCCCCCACCCACUCUAAGUACUAGGCCUUGUAUACACUACAGUUUUGUCAGCAAAAGUUAUGCUGCUUUAAUUAAAAUUGCUGUUGCAUGUCCACACUA